GGCCUGUCGACAGCUCUCUUUAUUCAUUUGUUAAUAUUCUCCACUCUCUCGUUAAUCUUUGCGAUCAUGAUAUUUCUCUAGGAACGACACGGCUCUAGUUUCAUCGCCCCAGGAAGUCAAUCUUCUUUGUACAGGUCCUCGAGUAAACUCCAUCCCAUGGAGCCAUCGCCCGCAAUCACUUCAGUCACGGAACUAUGUCCAUCGCUUCUGUUGACCCCUCUAAUACCAGCUUUGAUGAAAUCCCCUCGGCCGACUUAGAUUCCUCGGAGGAUGGAGCGCGCAGGAAACCUCGAACAAACGCCGCUACAGGCGCAUCCGCGGCGGGUGUUCGUGCCCUGAGCGCGCAGGCUGUAGCCUUCUAUUUCAGAGCCCCUGCCAAAGCGUUUUUUCGCACACGAGUGGACUAUAUGGUACGAAAUCUCCUAGUUUUAGUUAACUACCUGCCUAGGUGACUACCUAGGUAGAUGUCUGCUUAGCACCUCCCUGCAUAGAUUUGCUUGCACCGGCCAGAGUCACAGCCAGGCUGAUUGGUAGACGGAUAUCCCUAGGCUCUAGCCAAAGCUAUCAACCCGCGAGUCGCGGAGGGCGGCUGGUCAUGGCAUACGACGACUCCAGGUCUCCUUGCCCACGCCGUCCGCACAUAUGGCUGGCGUUUCCUUCCAGACCAAGUCCUCCCGCCGCUCAUGGGAAAUGUUGUGGUUGGGGCAGUUCUAUAUACUUCAUAUCUCCAAAUAUUAAGCGGACUCCAUGAGCCUACAUUACAAGCGACCAAGCGCAUUUACCCACCUCCAGCUCCGAGUUUGACGUUCACGGCCGGUUUUGCCGCGGGAGGAAUACAAUCCAUCAUUGCAGCCCCAUUAGAUGCGCUCCAGGUGCGAUUUAGCACCAACGAUAUGAUGAAGGGCCAGUAUAGGAACGUAUGGCAAUACGGAAAGCACAAACUUCAUGAAAUAGGCAUCCGGGGCAUCUUUUCUGGCUGGGGUCUGUCAUUCCUCAAGGACUCCUUCGGUUCUGCUCUCUUCUUUGGCAUGUUCGAAACGAUCAAGUCGCAAGGAUACUAUACCUUUGUUAGAUAUUAUUACGGCUCCCUUCAGCCGCACCGGGUCGAGAAACUGUCUGUGUCAACAGCAGGCAUUUCAUCUGGAGAUAUCCCCACGAUCCGACCGCACUAUGGUCUAGAACCGUGUUUCCUGAUGUUAGCCGGCCUUACGGCGUCCCUGGUGCAGCAGUUUGUGCAUCAUCCUCUCACUCUGGUGCAGACGGUCUACUACGAGAGGUUGGAGCACAUCGAUGCGAUGGCCAAGUUGGAUCACUCGGGAAGAAAGAUGAUGAAGCAUCACUAUGAAGCGUACUUGGAACUGUUUAUGCGAUGUCAGAGGCGGGCGUUACGAGCGGGCGGCUGGCGCCCGUGGCUUUUUGGGGGCUUCUUUGGGAAUGCUCUCCGCCAGGUGCCAAGCACUAGCGCCGGUCUUAUCAUUUUUGAGCUGGUGCGGCGUAAAUAUGGGGUAGAUGCGGAGGUGGUGCAUAUUCAGCAGGACGGGUAUGAUAUCAUUUUGAGGUGAUGAUCGUUUCUGCGGGGUUUGGAUGUCCCUUUCUUUUAUUUUUUGUAUUUUUUUGGAUGUUGGAUUUCUAAAUGCUUGGGGCAACGAAUCUUUUUUGUCGGGGUUUUGUUUUAGAAUAUAUACCACAGGUAGACUAUUGUUUUCUUUGGGCGUCUUGGUUUUGUUGCUAUAUAGAUAGGAGUGUUUUACUAGACAAUAACCACCAAGAUAUACAUAAAUAAACGUACGCCCAGCCAGUGUCCAG